UCACUCUCUCACCUCCUGUAAACUUUGCCCCUGAAAGAUCUGCAGUGAGGAAUGACCGGCAUCUGAGACUGCUGGUAUGCUGCUGCCUUAUAACUGGCAUACUUUAUUUAUGAAGUCAGCUAGACAGACAGGAAGGAAGGGAGGAGGGGCUAGCUUCAAACAGAGUGAGUUAGCGAGUGUGUGAGAGAGAGCAAGACCAAAACACACAGAGCAAUGGGCAGGGCAGGACUAGAAAGAAAGAGAAAAAGAGGUAGAGAACGAUGUGAGCCGAGGAAGUAGGAGUGUCUUGGGUUACAGGAGCGUUAAGGCGGUUGUGUUUGUUGGCGAGGAUCGUAGCUGGGAUCUAUUUUUUCCUCAGUGUGUCUGUAUCCCUCCUCCCUGCCGUGGACCCCAGGAGAGGUAGGGGCUGGUGGGACAGGGGCGUGGGGUAGCAUGGGACAGAAUGCCAGCAACGCUGAGACAGUGCCCCAGCAACACCAACAGCAACCUGCUCAACACAACACCGAUGAUGAGGUGGACUUGCAGCAGAGUACGACAGGGAGUGAGGGGGGUGACUCAUCAGGUGGAACCCCUCCCUCCAAACGCAAGGGCAAGUUCUCCAGCUUCGGGAAUAUGUUCAAGCCCUGGAAGUGGAGGAAGAAGAAGAGCAGCGAGACCUUUCUGGAAACCUCAAUAGUGUUGGAGAGGAAGAUCUCAGUAAGGAGACCUCGUCAGGAGCUGAUUGACAGAGGAUUGCUGAAAGAACUGCCGGAGAAUGAGGGAAACGACGUGAACCAUUCCAAAGGUCUGGUGGUGAAGAAUGGCCAGCCAGUACCUAUGGAUGUUGACCGGGUCUCAGAGUCAGGGAUCAGGGUGUCCCGGGGGGAGGCAGGCCCAGGGCUCAACCCCACCUGGCUACCCCAGGGAGAGGACCCACGGCGGGGCAGCGUCCCUUCAGACGACCCACGGAGCAGGAGCCGGGUACCCUCUGACGCCUCGCGCUCCAACCGAGCCCCACUGGACGUAGACUCACACGCCAGGCUGUCGGUCAUAGAUCUGGAGAGACGGAGUAGAGUGCCGUCUGAUGUGUCAGAGAGGAGAGCAGGGUCACUACCGAGAGGACCUGCUCCCGAGGAGGGGAGGCAACGGAAAGAGGAUAAAGAGGACAAGCGAGAGGAGAGGAGAGACGGGAAAGAGGAGAGGCGAGACGGGAAAGAGGACAAGAGAGAGGAGAGGCGAGAUGGGAAAGAGGACAAGAGAGAGGAGAGGCAAGACGGGAAAGAGGACAAGAGAGAGGAGAGGCGAGACGGGAAAGAGGCCAAGAGAGAGGAGAGGCGAGACGGGAAAGAGGCCAAGAGAGAGGAGAGGCGAGACGGGAAAGAGGACAAGAGAGAGGAGAGGCGAGACGGGAAAGAGGACAAGAGAGAGGAGAGGAGAAAUGAGAGAGAGGAGAGGAGAGAUGGGAAAGAGGACAAGAGAGAGGAGAGGAGAGACGGGAAGGAGGAGAGGAGAGACGGGAAGGAGGAGAGGAGAGACGGGAAGGAGGAGAGGAGAGACGGGAAGGAGGAGAGGAGAGGUCCUCAUGAUGAGAGGGAGGAGAGAGAGAACAGGGAAAAGAGAGACCGGCGAGAGGAGAGGGAAAGGAGGGACAGAGAUGAUCGAGAGAAGAGCAAAGAGGGGGAGAAGAGAGGACAAAAAGAUGACAGAAGAGAGGGAAAAGAGAGAAGAGAUGAUCGUGAGAAAAGAGACGACAGGAGAGAUGACCGGGAAAGAAAAGAUGACCGGUACAAGAUAAUUGUUCGUGAAAAGGCAGACGAAAGGAGAGAUGAUGGGCAACAAAGGGGGGAGGAGAGCGAUAGGAGGCGGAGUCCUCCUAGGCCUGCUAAACCAGAGACCCUCUUGAGACCUUUUGAAGAGGGUCGUCCUGUGGUCAGACUUCACUCUGAGAUGGAGCUAAGGCAGAGUCUCCAGAAGACCUCCUCAGAGGACCUCCAUAGCAGGGUCCGUCCUGCCUCUGAGGCUUACCGCGGGAGCACCCUGCCCAGGUACAUGCCAUCUGAGGAGAUCAAAGGAGGGGAGACCCGCGGACGAGCAGAGUCCACUGGUGUCCGCUUCGCCCCUGUCCACACCCCAGAUCCUGACUCCUCCCGUAGAGAGCCGCCUCCUACCAAACAGGCCAUGCUCCCUCCUAAGAGCCACCCCACUAUCACCACCUCCACGGAGCCUGUCCGGACCUCCACCCCACCCUCCUCCUCUACCUCCCCUGCUGUAGCAGUGGCCAAGCCCGCCAGGACUGUCUCCCUGAUCAUCAGUGAUGACCCUCCUCCCACCCACUCCAACCCUGUCCCCCCUGUACGUUCCAGCCAGGUACCCCCCUCCUCCACCACGUGGGAAUCGGCCACUCCUCCCCCCGUACCCCCCCAUGCCAAGCAGCCACCUGUACCCCCACCCAAACCCACCAACCGCAACAGCAACCCUGCUCUGCUUGCGGAGCUCUCUCAGGCUGGCAGUGGAAUCAUCGUUGUUCCUGCCCCCACCAGGCGCUCUCCUCCCACUCCGCCCAAGAGGAUGACCCCCGUCACCAAGCACUCUGGCGACCCGUCCCCUGAGCCAGAGACCUCGGGCCCCACUGGUUCUGUCCCUGUCCCAGUCCCCAUACCUACUGUCUCUGUACCCCCCAGCACAGACCGAGACGACACCAGGGACACCCUCAGAGCAGUAGGGUUCCAACUACCCACCUCUGACCCUGCACCAGCACCCCGACCUCUGUCCCAUAUACCGAUGUCCACUCCCAGCUCCCACCCCCACUUACAGCUCCCCAACCCUGCCUCCGCACCCCUCCCGGUCCCACUCCCCUUCCCUCAGAAGGACCCUCCCAGCCCCACCACAGAGCCGCCCAGCCACCCCCCAGCCUCAGUCCCAGCCAUCCCCCUUCACAUCCUGAUCCAGCGGGCCCUGUGCUCCCCUAGCCUGGCUCAGGCUAACCCAGAUGGGUCCCAAAGAGCCCACUCCAUGCUGUUUGAGUCCCCCCCAGAGUUCCUCACUGAGGCUGGAGGCCGACGCUCCCUACCCGUCACCAUAGAACCCCUCAGACUACCUGAGGAUGAUGACUUUGACAUGGAGGAGGAGUUGGAGAAGCUUCACCCCAGAAGGAUGCUUCCCCCCAGGCAGCCUGAGCUGGAGCCCAGGAGCAGGAGGGGUCUGGUGGUCGAUCCCAGGGUCAGUGUCAUCCCAGAGGGCCGGGGGCCCGGAGACAGCAGUGAGGAGGAUGAGGAGACAGACUCUGACGGACCCAUCCUCUACAGAGAUGACGAUGAAGACGAGGACGACGAUCCACCAAGUGCCUUGGCCAGCCGUGUGACGAGGAAGGACACCCUGGCCCUGAAGCUGGAGCGGGAGGGAGGAGAGGGACAAGACGGAGUCGGCUGGCAGAGCAGAGAGCAGUGGGAGGCACUCAAGAACAAGAUCGGUACCACACUCAACAGGAGGUUGAGUCAGAGACCCACAGCAGAGGAGUUGGAGCAGAGAAACAUCCUUCCAGCCAGGAACGAAGCUGAUAUCAGGGCAGAGCGGAGCGAGAUCAAACGCAGACUCACCAGAAAGCUGUCCCAGAGGCCCACCAUAGCAGAGCUUCAGGCCAGGAAGAUCCUGCGUUUCCAUGAGUACGUAGAGUGUACCACGACUCAAGACUACGACCGCCGUGCAGACAAACCUUGGACUAAGCUCACUCCCUCCGACAAGGCUGCCAUCCGCAAGGAACUGAACGAGUUCAAGAGCUCUGAGAUGGAGGUUCACGAAGAGAGCAGGAUCUAUACCAGAUUCCAUCGGCCUUAGCUGUGCUCCCUGGCCCGGCUGCAGAGCAAGCACUUAAAUGCAAUACUGAGCCGCGGGGUUGCAGGAUUGCAAUACGGAGCACACAGACCCCUGGUGACUGCAAUUUCCACAGCCCCCUGUCCUGGCACAAGCCUGUUCCUCUCCUGUAAGGAACACUGUUGAUGGCUACAUCUGAAACCAUGGACUAGAGGUGUAUAGCCUCUCUAAACAUGGACUAGAGGUGUAUAGCCUGUCUAAACAUGGACUAGAGGUAUAGCCUGUCUCUAACCAUGGACUAUGGAUGUGGCCCCUCAGUCUAUCCAGUCAUUGUUAAAAUCACAGACUAGAAGUGUGGCCUAUAGAUAAACGACUUGCAUCUAAAACCAUGGACUAGGGAUUUGGCCUCUUGGUCAAACCACUUACUGUUAAAACCAUGGACUAGAGGUGACCUCCAUCGGUCCAACCCCUUGCAUAUGAAUCCAUGGGACUACUGGUACUACUGUACUCCAGCGUUGAUCUGCCUGACCAGACAACCCCACAGGGAGAGCUGGAGAAGAACUAGCUGGACGAGGUUUAGUGGUUUAGGCCUAUUUCAGCUGCCAUUUUGUAGAUUCCCUGUGCCAACACUGACUAUCAGAAUAGGAAGGACAAGAGGGACAGACGGCGAUUGUGACAAAGGAUGUCCUGUUUUGUUCCUCACAUCACCUCCAUUCUCUGUCGUUCCCUAAAGCAAGAAUGUUCCCAAGAGGCCUUUACUGUACCUGGUUUUUAGAGUUCCUUCAACACGUUGCCCUAUUUUUAAUUGAGAACAGAAAAUAAUUGUAUACGUACUGAUUGUUGAUCAUGACGAUGGUUAACAUUAGUACACGGUAGUAUUAAUGAUUUAAUGUUCAACUAAAUGUGAUACAGGACUUUGUUAGACUACAUGACGCUGGUGAAACCCUCAAACGUGUGUUUAUGGGUACCCAAUGGUACCGCCCUUAUCUCUAAUGGGACAAUACAUGGAGUGGUACGGAAACUGUACGGAGUAAAUGUGAAAUGGCUAUAGCUAGCCUACAUGUCGGUGAUGGGUUUAGUUGUCCAACCACAAGACAUUAGUUAAAUUGAAACUCAAAUGUAGUGUCUACUAGUCAGCUAUCUAGCUGUGUUACAUAGACCUUAUUCAGCAUCGCUCCAUUGUCCCCAUACACAAUGAUGUGCAUUUUAACUGCGUUCUGUUGAUUAUCUAAGUGAUUUUGUGACAGCCCAUAAUAUAAGCUGACUAAUCGUUUGUUCAUCAUAGUAAUAAGGAACCAUAUUGUUAAAAUGGACAUUUAAAGUAAAAAAUAAAUAAAAUAAAGAAGUUGUACAAUUUGAAACGUUAGAACUAAUAUAAUUUAAGACACAACCUAAAGCUUAACAUACACUAUAAUUAUUUAACGGUUGAUUUUGAAAGACUGCGGCAGGAACAUGGAUAUAUUUUUACUUCACAUUGUUACUCUGUGUAUGUAGGUCAUUGGUUGGCCUCAGCUGUAUAGACUUAUCCUGUAGAUUGAUUUAAUUGACUUUAUAUUAUGUCUUCCUAAUGUUAAAACAAAUUUGUUUUUAAAUGUAAUUAAAGCGUUACAACAGUGCUAUUUUCUAAUAAUGUUACAGAAGUUGGUACCGAAACAGGGUUCCCUUAUUUUACAAAUGUUUAGUUUUUUAUAAAGAGAUCUUUAAAAUGAAUUGCAAACCUACUGUAUAAAUGAAUGGUCAACUCUCACUCAAAUUAAAAUAAAUGGUUUAUCAUCCUAAA